UUUUCGCCCGCCGAACGCACUGACGGACCGCGUUUUCCCAUCGACACACGCGACUCGGCAUUUCAGUGGACUGUCCGCCGUUGGUCUGAACGCCGGUGUGCGCCUGAUGAAGAUAAAUAUCAUCAUUGUUAUCUUAUCGCCGUCGUCGUAUUCGUAGUCGUAGUCUCGUAAACAAAAAAAGUGAAUAAGUAAAAAAACAAUUUUCGACAAAAAAACUCCCUCGUCGUCGACGUCCCGAUCCACAACGAUUGACGAGCCGCUGGAUCAGUAAAAUAAUAUUAUCAUCAUACCAUGAGACGGAGUGUUCACUCUCACCGAAUUUUAUCGUAAUUAUUACUAUACAUGCACCAGUUGCUCGGCCAGAGUUUGUAACGAUAUCGUUCUAUCGCAACAUCAAAUCGAACACAUCGAACCGCGACGACACGAUAACGUGCGGGAAACUUCGACAGUAAUAUCAUAACUGUGACAAGUACCUGUCCGCUUGACAUAUCCAAUCGAAUGGUGCGUUAAAAUAAUUAUAGAUUAUUAAUACCAUCGAUUUCGCCACACGUCGAGUGGUCAUCUGCCGCACGAACGGAGGCAUCUAUUUUUCUAAAACGAAUAAGUUUUGCCUUUAUUAAAAAAAAAAAACUUUCCCUCCUGAAGAAAAGAAAAAUGGCUCCACAUGGGAUCACAUUCUUGAGACUGACCGGUUGGACGUGGAAAAUCGUGUUGGCCCUCAUCGCGUGCAAUCAUCUCGCUCUGAUGUGGCCGUUCUUUUUCGCUGUCGGUUGCAACGCGAAGAUCGAAAAUCAAUUCAAACUGCAGUCCGCACCUGUGUUACGAGAACGCGGUGUAACACUCACUGAGCUUCGAGUGCCAACUUCCGUGAUGGCCAGCGUAAAAAAUGGCGUAGUGCUUGAUUGCUUGUACACACUACGUCCGAAUUCUAUCGGUCUAGUGGUAGCUUGGUAUUUUAACAACAGCGCCAGACCAGUUUAUCAGUGGAUUCCCGGACAAAAACCUUUGAGCAUCGGCGUAUUCCGUCACCGAGCCAAUCUUGACUACAAAGUGUCUGACGACAACGAAACCAUGCACAGGGCCUUGCACAUCAUCAAUCCAACCAUCGAGUUGUCCGGCGACUACAGAUGCGUCGUGUCCACUUACCACGACGAAGAUUUCAUGAUCAAAAGGAUGAUCGUAUACUCCCCGGAGAAGAAAUUUGAAGUAUAUCCGAAGAGAGUCAAUAACGAUACUAUACGAGUAACUUGCAUGGUUUCUGGCGUUUACCCAGUACCUAGACUUACUCUCUUCAACAACUCGGUCACAGACAAACAGAGUUACCCUUUGGUUCAUUCCCGCGUCGAUAUCAACCGUUUGAAGGACACUUCCUACGAAGUGAUCAUAAGCGUCCUGAUCUCCGAUGACGAUAUUACUUCUCAAUCUACUUUGGACUGCGAACUAAAAAUUCCGGACACCCCAUACGUCAAGAGAAAGACUUUUGUCUUCUUCCAAGAUCCAAAUGCUGCCAGCAACACCUAUUCCAACAUUUUCUUUGCCGUUGCUUUCUACUGGGUUUUCAAAUUAAUCGCCUAUUAAAUUGGUAUCAACAAUGAUAGUAUUAACCGCAACCGUAGUUCACAAUUUAUAUAACAAUGGUAUAGAAUACAAUUUUUAAAUGUUUUGCAAUAGACACAAAAAAAAUAAUAAAAAUACAUACAGAAUUCAAUUAAAUUAUAUCAAAACCGAUGUGGGGAAAAAACCAUACGCUGCUAGACAUAAUAUGAAUAAUGUAGUAAUAAAGCUAGAUAGUAACGAUUUAUUAUUGAAUCAUAAAACAAUUUCAUAUUUGAGCAAAUAAAAACUUACAGAAAAAAACGAUAUUGAACCGUCAGAACUUUAAAGCUAAUAUACCGGACACGCAACUGUUCACUUUACUCACUGAGUUAGUAAAUAAAAUAAUGUUAUUUAGUGUACAAUUUUCCGGUAUAGUAUUAGUCAGUUAUUCAAAAUUAGUUUGAGAAAAAAAAUUAUAUACCAUUGUUCAUUAACUAUAAAAUAUCUUUAGUCGUGUUUAGAGUUUUUCCCAAUCGUCAUAAUAAUCAAAGUUCAAAACCUUUACACAUAAUUUUGUUAAUUUUUACUCAGUUAAAUGAUUUAAUACAGAAUUGGAAUGAAUAAACUCAAGUUUGAGUAUAUAUGUUUUAAUGUAAGUCAAAAACGACUUUUUUUUUUACUGGUGUUAAUUUAAAAUUUGUCACACUUUCGUUACUUUUAAUAAUUAUUAUUAUACGUUUCGCUCGAACAACCCAAUAAUACUCAAGUAUUUAUAAUAACAUACAUAUUGUAUUUAGUCUGGUUGCUACUAAUGCGGGUUAAGCCAAUCAUUUCAUUUAUUAUUUAUAAACGGUUAAAUUAUUAAAUAGUACCUAAUACUAAUUAUUUACAUACAGUACAUUAUUAUUAUUAUUAUUAUACUACCCUUAUUAUUUUAUCAUAUGAUGUAAACAUUAUUAUUUAUCGAGUAUAUUAUUACAGAAUGGUAAUAAAUUACUAUUAUUGUAAGAACAAUUGUAAUCAUAGUGUUGGUUGUUUAUGUUUUAUAUCGGGAACAUUGUUAACAGCUGAUUCGUUAUAUUACCAUAAAAUUUACGCUUACUUCUAUAUGUUAUAUGUAAUGUUUAAGAUUGUUUAUCCAAGUAAGGAAUUUGGAAAAAAAAAUUGUAAAAGAAAACUUUUUGUCAGUGGUGUCUCUUGUACAUCAUAAAAUGGUAUUCCGAUUGAUUGUUUUCGGAAUUUAAACCAAAAUGAUGUUUCCGACCGAAUGUUACUGUUCAAAAAAGCGACCGUAUAACAGGAUACAAUGAUUGGGCUUAAUCACAGUAAUGAUAAUAAUAAAACAAUAAUGUUAAACUAAUUAAUCUGAAAAAAAUAAUCACAAAGGAAUAUGGGUUAUCAAGAUUGUUAAAAAUUUAAAAAAAUAAAUAACGUUCAAUACGUCAUAUUGGGGUGGUGUCAUUGGAAUAAAUUAAGCAGAAUAACUUUUUUUGGUUCCAUGAAUCUAUUUAUAUCAAACGAUACUAACAACCUUACUUAUCCUAAUUUAGUAGAUAGGUAUGUACCAAAUAACGCAUACAAAGAAAGUAUCUUCCAAUUUAUUCUAGUAACAGUCACAAUAUUAUUAUACUAAUUUUACUGUUAUGAAUAUAUUAUUAACUAUAAACAAUAUAAAUCCAUCAGGUUAUUAAUGACGUACAACACCACACAAUCAGAUUAGUUAUCAACUCAUAAACAAUUUACUCUAUCGCAAUAAAAUAAAAAACAUUUAGUGAUAAAAAGUUUCUUUAAAAAUUAACAACUCCACGGAUUCUCCAAUAAAAUUUAUAAAUAUAUAUUGAUAUAUUUGUACAAAAUUAUACGCACUAAAUAAAUGUGAUUAUUCAAAACUAUUGAUCAUUAUUAUUUUUUUUUUUUUUUACUCUACUAAUAGUAUUCACAAUUUUCAACUUUUCGACUAAAUUUAAAUUAUUGAUAAAAAAAAAUAGUAACAUGUUUAAACUUUGUACAUUUUUAUUUUUAAUACUGACCUUUCUUUCUAUUUAUAGUUUGGUUUUAUUAUUAUUUUAUUGUUUUAAGUAACAACUGUAUACGAUUUACUGUAACGCCAUGUACAAGUUAAUAUUACUUUUAUUUUCUUAAUUUUCUUAACCUUUAACGUCAUAAAAAGCGCACAACUCAUGAGCAACAAAAUAACGGGGAAAAAAGAAAUAAAUAACUAUUAUAAUAAUAAUAAUAAUAUUAUCAUAUUUAUGAAUGAUAUUGUUGGGGAUAUACCUAACUUUGUUUCACUUUUUAGUGGGAAUGGAGGGGUAUUGUCGUAGGAAAAUUCCAUUGUCACUGUCUGUUGGGUUUUAAAUUAUUUGCUCGCACAAUGGUCGGGCGCAAAAUGAAGAAAGGUGGCCAUGUUUGGGAUAGACAAGAAGAAAAAGGUCGCUCCACUUACAAAAAAAUAAAAAAUUAUAAUAAUAAUAAUAACAAAUAAAUAAAUAGCUUUAGGCUGGGAAGAGUGAGUGAAAAAGCAAGUAAAAAAAGGGUAGGUUUAAAAAAUAAAACGGUAAAAUAAAGAGAAAAAUAAAAAAACGAACGCACGCGUAUAUGCAAAAUAUCAACAAGAUAGAUGGUGGCGAACUCAACUAACUAUAGUAGUAAAUACCAAUUUCAUAUACUUGAAUCUUACUUACAAACCUACAUAAUCGCAUAUUGAACCACUUAAUCAUCGAAAAUAACGUCUUUAUAAUUUAUUCGAAGUUGUUGCGUAUAAUAUGUUAAGUUAUAUAAUUGAGUCAUAUAUUACGUUUAUAUCAGCACGUUGGUAAACAUCUAAUAUAGUUUUUCAAUUGUACAAUUGUACAUAUUACAUGAAACUUUCACUAAGUUUUCCUCUUCCGUGAAUAUCACCCCGUUGGUCAUCCGAACUGUAGGAACAUAUGUCAUCAGAAAUCAUUAUGAAUUUCGAUACUACAUAUUUUGAAUAAUAGCAUCUCGGACGUUUAUAAGACAGUAUAAUGAAAAACCUAACGCAAUGGCAGGACACUAGACUUGUCCACAGGCCCCGUCAACUAACCAUAAGUCUAAAAGAAAAAGAAAACCUGGUAACGAAAAAUACUUGGAAUUUCCAAAGCUAUCGAUGCUUUGCAUAGAUACGAAUUCGAUUCUCUUGACAAAAAUGGGCACCGAACGCCUCUGCACGAUAAUAAUAUUAUACUUCCGAUCUCAACCUUGUUUUCUCGUCAUCCCAACAAUACACUUAAAAACCCCCCGAAGAAAAAGAUCUUUCUCUUUUUCAUUGGAAAUCCGAAUUUACACCUGUGUACCGCAAAUACGGUAUUGCGUUAUCGGUAUUCAGCCUCAGCCCACCGUAGAUCAUGAACCUUUGGCACCGUCUAGGGAUUGGAAAUGUACAUUUUACUGCCCUUCUUUACCUUUGUUUUUUUGUUCAACACCGUACGCCGUGACCUCAACCCUCCGCUAAACAAUAAUGCGAUCUUGGAAAAUACAUAAAUGCGAUUAGACUUUAAAAAUAAAAUAACAUCGUCAGACGUCCGUACUGUACGUCAUAUAUCUAUAUAAAAGUUCUACAUUACAGAGUUGAAUUUUAUAAUAAUGAUAUUAUGUAUACGAAUUUAAUAUACUGCACUCGUUUUUUUUUCCUUUUAAAACUUCUAAAUAGUAAUAAUAUUGUUAACUUAUCCUUUUAUAGCUAGGACAGCUUGUAUGAAAAAAAAGAAUGAAUUUUUUUAUUUAUUUAAAUCUCGCUCAUUUGUCCAUUGCACCAGAUAAGCUAUACAACUAUAUCUGAGAUAUUAUUUAUCAAAAACUCUAUUUGGUUUAACGUCAAGAUGAUAUGCUUAAAAAAUGUAUACAUAUUACAUACCCACACAUAAUUUCAUACGAUUAAGGUGACAAAGAUGUUCAGGCAUACCAAUAAUACCGUUUAAAGAAUUGAUUAUCCCAACAGAUUUAAUAAUUUGAACAAAAGUCCCUGGAUCAAAUUAUAGGGUAACAGUACUCUGUACUGGUUUUACGUAUUUGACCAUUCAGCUUCACAUAAUAUUGCACAGUCGUCGAUUGUAUAAAUAUUUAUACUUUUUUUUGAAAAAAGAAAAAGAAAAGAAAGAACAUAUAUUUAUAUACGACUUCUUUGGGUGUAAAAUUUAACAGAUUAAUUAAAUAUUUCUUAUCCUUGAUACGGUUGCCAGUCAUAUUUUUUUUUCAUGUAAUAACAAGAACGAUACUGAAAACUAAUAAGAAAAAAACAUUACUUCAACAGUUCUAAGAUACCAACUAACGAUCGGUGUACAUUGUACAUAUACAAUUAUGUUGUUUAUUUUUUUUUUGUAAUUUUGUUUUUUUUUUUUUUUUACAUUAUUUAUUACAGUUAUAUAAUAUAAUUAUAUAAGAUAGUACUCGCACGAAUAUUAAAUAUUUAUUACUUAAAAACUAUUAUAAUAUUGCACUUUUAAAAUUAAUUAUUUUACUAUUCUAUAGUCAAUAUACUCGUGGAUAUUGUAGUUGUAUUGUAUAAGAAAACUUUUUGUGUCUAAAAAAGAAAUUUGUGUAUUUCAUUUUUUAUUAUUAUGAAUAUUAUUAUUUUGACUAAAUGAAUAAUGACAUGGUUGUAUGUACUCAUUGAAUAGACAAAAAAAUAUUGGUUUCGUUCAUAAAUGCUGUAAGACACAAUGGGUUUUUCUGAUGAUAAGUUAAUUACUCGCGUUUUUAGUAUACUAGUUUGCCAUUUUCUUAGUUUAUAAUAUUGUUAUAUCAAUGAUUUGUAGAUUUAGAUUAUACAUAUAUAUUCAUAAAUGUAAUAGGUAACUAUUUAAUAACAUUAAUCAUCCUUCUUUGAAACUGUCUUAUAACUAAUCUAUUUUGGAAUAUAAUUCAAUAAAUAUAAUUUCAAA